AUGGGUGUAAUCGAAAAGAUCAAGGCGGUGGAGGAGGAGAUGGCUCGGACGCAGAAAAAUAAGGCGACCGAGUACCAUUUGGGACUUCUAAAGGGUAAACUGGCUCGCUUUAGGCAACAGCUGUUGGCCGAAGAAACAGCGCCCAGCGGUGGUGGUGGUACUGGUUUCGAGGUGGCCAAGUCGGGAGAUGCACGUGCGGUCCUAAUUGGAUACCCCUCUGUAGGUAAGUCCUCACUGUUAGGUAAGAUAACCACUACUAAGUCUGAAAUUGCCCAUUAUGCAUUUACCACCUUAACGUCAGUUCCUGGGGUGUUGAAAUACCAAGGUGCCGAGGUGCAGAUUGUCGAUUUGCCCGGUAUCAUUCAUGGAGCGUCUCAAGGCAAAGGUAGAGGUAGACAAGUUGUUUCUACUGCGAGGACCGCAGAUUUAAUUUUGAUGGUCUUAGACGCUACGAAGGGCGCGCAUCAACGUGAAUCCUUAGAAAAAGAACUCGAAGCCGUAGGGAUUCGUUUGAAUAAGGAGAGGCCCAAUAUCUAUUACAAGAAGAAGGAAACUGGUGGUGUCAAAGUCACUUUCACAUCUCCGUCUAGAGCAAACUUAACCGAAGAAGCCAUCAAGGGUAUCUUAAAGGACUAUAAAAUCCACAAUGCUGAUGUCUUGGUGCGUGACGACCAAUGCACAAUCGACGAUUUCAUUGACAUCCUAAAUGACCAGCAUUGCAAUUACAUUAAAUGUUUGUAUGCAUACAACAAGAUCGAUGCAGUUUCGCUGGAAGAGGUAGAUCGUUUGGCUCGUGAGCCCAACACCGUAGUAAUGUCAUGUGAGAGCGACCUGGGGCUUGACGACGUAGUGGAGGAAAUUUGGUACCAGCUAAAUUUGAGUCGCGUUUACACCAAGAAAAGAGGUAUAAGACCAGAUUUUUCAGAUCCGCUAGUUGUGAGAAAUAAGUCCUCAAUCGGCGAUCUGUGCCAUUCGGUUCACAGAGACUUCAAGGACAAAUUUAAAUACGCAUUGGUUUGGGGGUCUUCUGCCAAACAUUCGCCACAAAAAUGUGGUUUAACGCAUAAGAUUCGCGACGAAGACGUUGUGAGUCUUUUCACUAAAUAG